CUUCUAUAAGUUUCGCUUUUCAAACACGGAAGAGAUCGAUAGAAGUGGCAAAAUGCGUGCUAAUAGAGUGCUGCUUUUCCUAGGCCUGGCUUUCUUGCUUUUGAAGCAAAUGGACUCCUUACAUCAACGACGCACUGGUCUCUUGAAAAACUUGUUAAGUUUCGGAGGAUGAAGAAAAUGAUGGAAAAGAUAUUGGAAAACCCAGAAGCCUCAAAACUUCUCAGUUCAGUGCAGACGGGCUGGGUACAGCAAAAGCUUGACAAUUUCAAUCCAGCAAACCCACAAUACUUUUACCAGAGGUAUUAUGUUUCUACUUUGUAUUGGGAUCCGUCGACUGGCCCAGUUUUUGUCUAUGUUGGAGGAGAAGAUGAACUUGUUCCAGGCUAUCUUGCUGGUGGUGAAAUAGUGGAGCUAGCCCAAAAAUACAAGGCAUUAUUGCUGGGUUUGGAGCAUCGGUACUACGGAAAGAGCAUGCCAACUGAUGGAAUGAAACUUGAGAACAUAAAGUACCUUAGCAGCCGACAAGCUUUGCAGGAUCUAAGAAAUUUUCAUAACUACAUCACUCGACAGUAUCGACUCACCAGCUAUAACAGAUGGAUUUUACAGGGCGGCUCAUACCCAGGUGCUCUUGCUGCAUGGGGUAGAUCAAAGCUUUCAGACAUAAUCCAUGGCUCUGUGGCAUCGUCUGCACCUUUGGUUGCUCAAGUAGAUUUUCCAGAAUAUAUGGAGGUUGUUGCAGCAAGUCUUGCAGCUCCUGAAGUUGGAGGAUCAGACCUUUGUCGAGACUCUGUCAAGAAAGGCUUCGAGACGAUCGAAACGCUCAUAAAGAGCAAGCAGUUCUCCAAACUCAAGAAUGACUUUUCUUCCUGUAAUGAUAUUUCAAGCCCAAACGACACAGCUCAGUUCGUGGUAGAUCUUUCAGGGGUAUUUACAAAUGUAGUACAGUAUAACGACGAGACCCCUUGGAUGGAUAUCAGAAAAAUUUGUGGAUUCAUGACUGACACGUACAAGACACCCUAUGAACGUCUUAUGGAUGUAAACAAGGCAUACAUGGAUCAAGUACAAAUAAAGUGCGUUGGGAACUCAUAUCAAGGCUACAUCAAUAGCCUGAAGUGGGACCAAGUUGAUCCGUCCGGGUACGCAAAUGCAAGGCAGUGGUAUUAUCAAACAUGUACCGAGUUCGGAUAUUAUCAGAGUUGCGAGGAAGGAACAAGUUGUGUAUUCUCCUCACGAAUUACAAUGAAUUCUAUGAUAAACAUUUGCCAAGCAGUGUACAACAUAACAUCUACACAGGUUUACCAAAGCGUGACCAGUACUAAUAAAUACUAUGGUGGAAAGUCUCUCGGAGUCAGUCGCAUUGUUUUUCCAAAUGGAUCAAUAGACCCUUGGCAUGCACUGAGCAUCUUGAAAAAUCAAACUGUCGGAGAAGUUGCGGUAUACAUGAAAGGAGUGGCACAUUGCGCUAAUAUGAACCCCUCAGAGCCAAAUGAUCCAUUGUCAUUGAAGAGUGGGAGAAAGAUGAUUGACGCGCUUGUUGGUGAGUGGUUAAAGUGAUUCAUUCCUUAAUCAUACGAGAGGCAAGAUCAGAGCUUUGAGCAAUUUGCUAAGCUUUGACGAUGAUUGCAGAUCAGAGUUUUGAAGAAAAUGAUAAUGUCAACAUGAAAAGAAAUCGAAGGGAUGGCAAUGAAAAUACUUGUUGUUUAUAAGUAAAGAUUCACCUGACUGACAGAACGUUUACUUUGCUAUCUUAAUGUCCAUUUGUUCAAUUUGAUCCCCUAAAAAUCACGAUGGCCUAUUAUUGUCAAAACUGUGGACCUUGAGAGCUUUUCACCUGUAGCUGCUAACAUUUGUUCUCAUGUCAUUAGAAGGUAUCAUGAUUUGUUUGACGAAGAUUAAAGUGGCCAUUUGAAGAGGUCAUGCAAUUAUAAUUCUUUAAUUUUGCUACAUAACCUGAAAGAACACUACGAAAUAAGUUUUUUAAACCAAUAACUUCUGUUCUAAAUUGGCUGAGAUAUGGCCAGUGAAUAACCUAAUUUUGCAAAUGGGUUACGAUUGUAAGAUUUGGCUCAGAAUUGUCUUUUUAGGAUAUAUGCUCCAAAUGGAAAUAUUCUAACUCUAUUUUUAUGACGUCAUCACCACGUUUUAUCACUUAGCCAAUAUGUUGUACGUUCACGCGCUUCUUAUUAUUUGAAAUCUACCGUAUAUAAUUUUGGUAAAUAUUGUUACAUUUUGCAAUUGGUGGUAUAGCCUUGGCUUGGCUUAUUUGUCUGUUUCUAUCAUUUACCUCUGGCAUAUAUACAAGAUGUUUGAACAUAUACAUGGCAGGGAAGGGAGGUACUAGAUGGCCCGUCUGAUGGAUUCUUUAAAUCUCGUAAUGAUGAUGACAUCAAUAAACAGUAGGCAGGAAUGUCAGAAAGCAAUGAGAAGCGAUAAGACGCACAAAAACCUAAAAAUUGAAAGGUUAACUGGUCUUUUGUCUAAGUAUACAUACUUUCAUUACAAGAGUAUUAGGAGCUACUUAUUAGAAGCACGUACACUCUUUUAUAAGAACCAGUAAAUUUAAGUUCAGGCUGACUGUUCUUAAUUUUUCGAAAAUUUGAAGCUGGAUUGUUCUUAAUUUGUUCUUAAAUUAAUAGAGUGUAAGCAGUGCGAUUGCUAGCUUUUUCGCUCCAGGGAGGUGUUGACUCUUAUUUGCCAUCAAAGUGAGUGAGGCAACCUUCAUUUGCUGACAAGUUUGAAUAUUCACCAAAAAGCAUAAUGUUGUUCCAAAUUAAGCUACAUAGUAUAGAGUAUAGAUAAUAUAAUUGUUCUUUGUUUUGCUGAAGAGGUGCCAGUUGUUCGCAUUAAGCGUGGAACUCGAUGUUGCAACCUCACACUUCAAUGCAUAAACAACCCUAUCUCUAUUACCAGGACCGCUGUAAGGCGAGGGUAACCGGGGCUCUGGGCCCGGGCUCAUCCUUGGGCUCAUAAUAAUUCAAUCUAUAAAAAGUGUCAUAAUCUCGAAUCUACUUUAUAUUCUUUGUCAGUCAAGGGGCCCACACAUAUUGGUUGCCCCAGGGCCAGGCCUCGCACUCGGCGGCCCUGUGCCUCUAUCUCUCACUACAGCAUCGAGCACUAUAAAACAGACCAGCAAAUAGCCAAAUGGACCAAGCGUUUCUUAUGUAACAGAAUCUCUGUGAUUACUCACAGUUUCGAUCCAGCUUACGAAACUGCAUAACAGAAGACCACGAGAAACACCUCAAUACAGUUUAGGCCCGCCGCUGGUAAAUAUAUUGUUUUUCUCUUUGCGGUUGGUUUCAGGGCAGGUUGAUUGAUUUAACUAAAACAAGAUUGUCAGGGUGAGCACAAUUCAUAAACAAGAUUUUGCUCUCUCUUUUGAUUUAACAUCAACACACAACACGUUUUCAGACUACAAAACGCCUCAAGGCUUAUUCUGAUUUAGCUACAGUUGGAUGGAGUACUAAAGAAAAUUUUGUGACUGGAAUAAUUCUUAUGCGGAUAAAAUCUGACAUUGAAAUCUAAGAAGACUGGAGUUGGAUGGAAUGUUUCUAUUAUAGUAUCUUUUGCUCAAAGAAACGCGAUAAUUUUGUGGGUUCUUCUUGGUUAGCUACUGACAUUUUUGUUCAGGAUGUUGGCAACGGCAAUGUAAUGGGAGAAGGCUGAUGACAACGAGUAUUGCCGGUUCAAUUUCACAUCGAGUCUGCUAAAGUUAAACCCAAGAAGACUGUCCUAAGCAAGGGCAACAGUUACCAUGGAGAACAUAAACUACGCACUACAUGUUGCAGUUGUUGUUUUUAUUUCAACGGUUGCCGUUUUAGGCACAGAAUGUUUCAGAGCUCUAUUCAAGUAUUAUCCAAUCAUUUGAAGUCACAAUAUCUCGAAGUCAGUCAUUCCUUAUAUUCCUGUGGAGCUAGACAUUUUAUUCAAGGGCUGUCAAAAUAUUUGAAUUAAUGGAUAUCAAACACGUGGUUUACAAAAAGCAAGUUUGGAUUGAAAAAAGAAACUGGCGAAAUUUCACCCAGGAUGUUGUAAUGUCUCUUGAAAAAUACAUACAAUUUUACUGAGAGUUUGAUUAGACUAUCCUUUUUGUUUAUUUAUAAUUGAAUUUUAAUUAGUUACCUCCAUCGAUAUGCUUUUAUAUUACUCAUUACUUAUUAAAUUACUUAAUAAAUUAGGAAGCAAAAUUACUUACUAAAAACUUUAUGUCGUUUAAUUUAUCAUUUUUACGUUGUAAUGGUCAAUUAGAUUUUGGUGGUUAUAAUUAAGAAACUUUUUAUGAAAAGACACGUGGCUCUAUUUCAUAAUGGCGUGUUGACGAGGAAAACAUUUUUCAGCUAAUUUUGUUGCGAUUCAUCUAAGCAGGGCCUAAAAAAUGAAAUUUUUACUGAUCCACAUUUUUCAUAAAAACUGGGCGUGGUACUUUGCUGGGAUUGGCACAAUAGGCGUGCCAAAUAUGGAAACUGCCACUAUAGUGCAAAUAGCAUGUCCUAAUUGGGAAAAAUCUUAAAUGAAUGAAGUAUAAAUAGCAAAAGCUAAUUCUUUACAGUAUGUGGAUUGGGUUAAUAAGAAAAUUAGCAACAUAGAGCGAUGUCUUAAUAUGUGAGCAAAAAGUUAUUGAAAGGAAACUCUUUUACAUGGUUUUUUCAGAUCUCUGAAGUUAUUUCUUCAAAAACCCUCUAAGAUUGGUCUUGCUUUCCAGAUUUUGGUAUUUUUGGCUUUUUUGAGCCAUAUCUUUGCAGUAAUUCACGGAAUCGGAAACUUGCAAGGUCAAGUAUAAUUAUUUCAAUAUUCGUACAUUUGUUUGCUUCUAUAUUUCAUAUAUUUGUCACAAGGGAGGAAUAACAUGCGCAGUUUUCGGCGCAAAAAUCAUUGAAUCACAAAAUCUUAUUGUUGAUUUUUAUUUUCGACAAGAAUACACAGAAACAGAAGCUAGAAACAAUAAACCUGAAAAUGAUUUGGUCUAAACUGAAACUGUAAACGCGACAGUUCUCGCGUAAACGCAAAGCCUAUUUGGGCCAAUUUUAGAACGGUUCCAUUUCGGUUCAGUUCUCUUCUGAAAACAGGGUCUAAGAGACCGACUAAGUAGCAUUUCCCUUUACAUAUUGCGGCCUCGGAGUACAUUCUUUUUAUUUUAAAGAAACCUAGCUCGAGGCAUAGUUCUUGAAGUUCCUUAUUUUUGGACCUCUUUCGAUCGAGUUGUAGUAUUAAAGGUUCUUUAAUAGUUCCUUAAUUUGAUGCCAUGAAAUUUUGUGCCAUUAAAAUGUUGUCGCUAGAUUCCUAACAAUAGCUAGAAAACAAGGUGAAAAACAAAAAAGAAGACUAGAAAACGUGUGAUAUACACAAAAAUGAAAAUUCAAUCAAGAGGGAUAAGGAACAUUUGAAAUUACACAAAGAAACACUCGAUAGCUACCUUCGUAACACACAAUUUAUGUGAUUUUUGACUUCUAAUGAAUGGAGCCGGCUUCCUAGUUUUUGACUGUUUGCAAUGAUAAAAUAUUCAAAAAUGAAGGUUUUUUAAUUUUUCCUGCUUUCAACAUGUAGGCGUUCUAUAAAUUGGUUCCUUAUAAAAAAGCGUGAAGUCACACCAUUUUGCUUUGCGGUAUAUCAGUCCCAGUAGCAGGUUGUAUGUUAUGAUCGUAACUUUCUAGUGGAAUAUUGCAAUUUUGUGAAUAUCUUUAUAAAUAAAGACGAUUGCCUGUGCUGUGCUGAAAUUUCUGUGAUAAAAAGGCCUUUUCUUCCAUUAAAAUUGGUGUGAGCCCACAAUUUCCCCUUGCUAAACUCGCCUUUGUCUUUACCACCCUGGAUACGAUACUGUUUUCUGCUGUAAACAAAAGGAAAGAAGAUUGUCUAUGAAAGUGACAUAUGUUAGUGACCAAAAUGAAAAAGAUUUAUAGCCAUUUUAGCGAAAGACAUUUGCAUCCUUACAAAGAACGGAUAUACAACUUCGAAGAAUAGAGAAGAAAGAAUGUUAAUCACGACGAAUAGAUAUGAAUGAAUCAGGCAGAUUCAGGCACAAUUGCGAAAGUUGAGUGUUUAUGGUUUCUUUGAUUAAUUAUUGAUGAUGAGAAUUCUCAAAGAACAUUGAGUGGUCAAUGAAAGAUCACGUGACCGACUACGCGUAGUAAGUCUGAAAUGUCCAGAGUCCAAUAAAAACAUCACAACAGGUAGUGUAAGAGUUACUAGAUCUUUGCCAAACAGAUCGUCACAAUUCCAGAAGGCAUGGAGAAUUUCAUCAACAAAUUGUGUUUGAUCUUCACAUUAUUCAGUGGAUGGUCCUUUCGUGGCUCCUCUGGCAAGAAGCGCCUCAAGGAGAACAAAUCGAGCAGUGAGCCAAAUACGCCGGUGCUGUCAGGAAACCGAAGUGCAAGACCGUCUUUGGAAGGCAAUACGCAGGGCUCUCCUGCUUCAACAUCGCAACCGAUUGAGAUCAAAACAAGAAAAGCUGUACGAUCUCAGAGAGUCUGUUCGUCAUCGCAAUCGCUACCAAAUAGCUACAGAGGCACACCUGAUAGCACUAGUUCAAGCAUGCCUACGAGUUCGUCUUCAAGUCAAUAUAGCUACAUGCAUGAUCAAAUAUGGCAACAGGCUUUUCGAAACAGCUGUAGAUGAAAAUAACUUCUGAAUCAAACCAACAUUGCUAACUUCAGAACGAUCUAUCACACGGUAUAUCGAAAUGACUCGCUAACCCGCCUAAACAACUUUGACUGCGAAAUGAGUAUCUUUCAGUUAGUUCCUGUAAUAUCACAGGCAAUUGAUGGGAAAGAAAGUAAAUUUAUCUUUUAAGUUUGGACAACCUCGGAGGACAAGUCUAAUUGUUAUGUUUGUAAAUAAAAACUUAAUACAGUUUGCAUUUUUUUACUUUGUUUGACCAGCAUCUCGUUUUAAUAGUGUAUGAAUGUGAAUUUUUAUGAAUAAGUUGAUUUUCUUAUCAUUUAGACAUGAAUGAAAAGUUUAAUUUUGUAGCUAUUAAAACUUUGUAGAUCUUUACAUUGGGUACAAACAAUAGUAUAGGCUGGGCCUUAAAUGGAAUUUAGCACUUAUGAAUCCGUUGAAUGUAAAUUUCGUAUAUACAUUUAUUUACUUUAAGCAUUAAUUUGUAGUUUUUUAGAUAUAGGUUUGAGGUGAA